CUGUCAAAAACACAAUCCCCUCUUUUUAAACCCUUUCCAUGCGUAGUAUUAGUUCACUUGGCUACACAUAAAUACCCCAUCAGUACUUCUGAUCCUGGGAUCUCGUUGAUUGAUGCUGACAACUUAACUUUAAAUCUAAAGAAAAGCAAAUAUCGCAGUGAAUUGAUGCAACAUUUGCAGUGAGCCAGUUUUUUGUGUGUCUGAAUUAUUAAUAGCCUUUGAUAUCAUUGUUAUUCAUAGUUCCUGUCUCUGUGCUGUGUCAUGCUAUGUUCUCGCGUCUGUUCGUCCCCAGUUCAAAAAGCACAGCAGGUUCCACUUCAGCACUUUAACUGCUGUUUGCACUUGUGGGAACUGUGAGAAUAUAACUCCCCUCAGACGUGUCAAAGCAAAAGUAACGAGUCUGUUUUGAACAUGUAAGCAGUAGAAAGUGCAGAAAUGUGUGUACAAAUGUGGGGAGUAAAAGUACACUGACAAAGUAUUUGUAUUUCAUUACUUCCUUCUGGAUCAGAGAUGUCAAAGUCAUCUUACAUGGUGGGCCACAUACAGCUUUGAUCGACCAGUGAAAGUCGUCUUUGUGUCAGUUAAACAAGUUUAACUCUACAUUUAAUCCUGAAAUAUCUUAACAUAAGAAAAAGACGUUUCAGCAGCGUCUCAGUUUUUCUACAUGAUGAAGAAAUGCUGCUGCAGUAAAGACGUCUGUCAGCACGACUGUAAGAAAUAAAUGUGUGAUUACAGAGGAAGUUCUGGGAGCUGUCUGUCCAGACUGUCCUGUAAUUAUUAAACAAAGUUUCUGUUCACAGAAAAUGUUGUUGGAGCCGCUGUAAGAAACAGACAUUUCUAUAGUUUACAGAGGAAAAACUCUCAGUAAUUGUGAUUUUAUUACUCUGGUGCAGCAUGAAGGGCCGCGGGGGAAACUUAUAAACUUAUGGAAACACAAAAGUGCAAAAUGUAUCCCAUCCAUCACAUUUCCCAAAGCCAUCCAGUGGGUGGAGUAGUCGCCCGUCUAAUUUUGGCCCCCAGACCUUAUGUUUGACGCCCCUGACGUAGAUCGUCCUCCUCAGCACUUCUUCCACCGUUACACAGCAGCUCGGCUCUUUCCUCGUUUUAUUGACUUCCUUUGAGAAACUUAUGAAUCUCUUUCAGUUCUGCGCUUUUUAACAGAGCUGCUGACACAUUAUUCCAGCUGUCUGAUGAAUUCAUUUGGUUUUUAUGUAAUGAAAUUGCAAACGUGUCACUCUGUAACACUUUGUGCCGGGCUCCUUGUGUCUGCAGAGCGCCGAGGAGCCUGAUGAUGAUUCAGAGGUUUGCUGCUAGCUUUCACACAAACACACAGUGAUAGCGGUCGAGACACACAGAUACGUGUUUUCACAGCAGGAUGUGAUAUCCGUCUGUCACAGUGUUCAUGCAGCUGUUUCACAGAUAACCUCAGCUGCUGUUCUCCAUCCAAACACUGCCGGAGCCUUUAUUUAAGCGCUUGUUGCUGAUUGGACGUGGGCCUUUCACCUGCUCCACACUCUUAUUUUAAAUCCAGAGGUGACCACAGUUUGACUUUUAGCUCCUGGACUGUGGAACGGCCUCACUCGGCCCGUCGGGGUGAUUCUGUGAAAACCACCUUGUUUUAGUUUAUGCUUGAUUAUCGUGUCCUUCACUUCUGCACGUGAACGUGCGCUCGUGUUUGUGUCAGUAUGUUAAGACUGUGAAACACUGCGGCUGAACCGAGUGUUUCAGAGACGAUGACCAAAGCUCCGCGUGAAGGACGAGCUGCCAGCGGUCACGACGUCUCUUUUCUGUCACAUCGUGAUAAUUCUGAAUAAACGCUGAUGGUUAAUGAAACUGUACAACAGUCAUGGUUAAACUGAUGAUCACAGCUUGUUGACCGAAGGCCUUUUAACCACCUGUGAUGAUCUGAAUGCUGGGGGUGUCCCACAGUCCGAGGUGCAUUUAUGCAGCUUUUAAAAGGAUUUCCUUCUUUAACCGAUUCAACAUCUCAGUCUGAGAAAGAAAAGGCUGUUUUGUGUUGUGGCUCCAUCUUCUCGAGCCACGAUCCAGUUCAGGGUCGUGGGGGGGCCUUGAGCCGAUCCCGGCUGACACUGGGCGAGCUGCGAUUGGCUUCUAUAAUCGUUUCUUAUUGAUAGCAGUUUAGUUUUCUCCUUGGCUCUGCUGCACCUGAUAAGCAUCAGAUUCUCAUUUUUCCAUUGGCUGCUUGUUUUGCACGUCGGUAAAAGUUCUCAGCUAAACGGCGUAAAUACACCAAGGUCUCCGUCCGACCCGCCAUCGGCUCAGCUCGCCACCGACAACCAGACCUCCGAACACGAUGCUCUGCUCCGGACUCAGCAACACGCUGUUGCUGGCAGCAACAUGUUUACUCGCGAGUUCAGGUGUAACCCGGGCCAAACGUUUUGUCCCGUCCACUGCGACUGCCAUAUCCACCACCAGAGUGAUCACCUGCGACGGCCACCUGGUCCAGCACCUGUGCUGUGAGAGCGGCGUGAUCGUUGUGGAGUCAGUCGAGCACACAUGUGGAGAUGAAGAACACUGCUCUCAGCACCACAAACUGAAGGCCAUCAAGAAGAGCUGUGACGGAAAGAAAACGUGUGACAUAGACAUCCAGAUCUUUGGUACUCCUGUUCCCGGCGCCUGCAAAUACCUGGACACCACCUUCGCCUGCUUCCCAGCAGUCCACAGCACAGCGUGUGAAGGAUCCAACGCAAACCUUCGGUGUGAUGAAGGAGAGGCUAUAGUCGUGUACUGGGCUGACUACGGGCGCCGCGAUACGACCACAUGCUCUCAGCAUCGUCCAACCCACGAGAUCCAAAACGCCCAUUGCCCCAAUCCCACCGCUAAAGUCGCCGACAGCUGUAACGGGAAAAGCAGCUGCAUUAUUGAAGCGAGCAACUCAGUGUUUGGAGACCCGUGUCCAGGCACCUACAAGUACCUGGAGGUGGCCUACGACUGUGAGCUGCACACCGUAGCAUGUGAAGGGUCUCAGGCAAACCUUCAUUGUGAUGACGGACACGUUAUCGCCGUCCACUGGGCUAAUUACGGACGCCGCGAUACGACCACGUGCUCUUACCAGCGUCCAGAAUGUGAGAUCCAGAAUGCCCGAUGCAUCAAUCCCACGUCUAAAGUAGCUGACAGCUGUAACGGGAAAAGGAGCUGCAUUAUCGAAGCGAGCAACUCAGUGUUUGGAGACCCGUGUCCAGGCACCUACAAGUACCUGGAGGUGGCCUACGACUGUCCGUUCCACAGUAUCACAUGUGAACAUUCUUAUGCAAACCUUCAUUGUGAUGAAGGACACGUUAUAGUCGUCCUGUCGGCUGAAUACGGCCGCGAUGACUCGACCACGUGCUCUUACAAACGUCCUCCCGCUCAGCUCAGUAACACCCAGUGCUCAAUUCCCACCAGCAAAGUAGCCGAGAGCUGUAACGGCAGAAACAGCUGUUCCAUCAAAGUAAGGAACUCUAUGUUUGGAGACCCGUGUCCAGGCACCUACAAGUACCUGGAGGUGGUCUACACCUGCGAGAAUGUGAUUGAAGAAGAAAAUCCAUCAAAUCAAUAAAACACCAUGUUUGUGCUUCAAAUGGAACGAUUAUCCAAUCAGUAGUCAAUAAGUAGAUAAAUCCAAUGCAACACGUGGCCUGCAGGACAGUCGGGCUGUCGACAGAUGAUUGAACGUCUCGUAAUUUUUCCUUCUUAUUACGAAAUAAAAUUAAUCGACCA